CUCAUUUAUCGCCGAAUUUGUCGAAACGUUUCGUAUUUGUGAAUUUUAAUUUUCACUCGCUUACUCUUUCCUUUUCGUUACGUCGUCGUCUGUUGAGUGUUGACGCGUGUCGGUCGGAGUCGGAAUCUCAAAUUCUCAAUAAUCUUAAAGUUUCUCAUCAAGAUACCAACAAUGUCGAAAAUAAAGGCUGGUCCCGUUGUCGACGUCCUUGGUGAUGAGAUGACCAGGAUCAUUUGGGAUCUCAUCAAGGAGAAGCUCAUAUUGCCCUUCUUGGACAUCGAGCUGCAUGUCUACGACCUUGGAAUGGAAAACCGUGACAAGACUGAUGACCAAGUAACGAUUGACUGUGCUGAAGCUAUCAAGAAAUACAAUGUUGGCAUCAAAUGCGCGACCAUCACUCCAGACGAGAAAAGAGUAGAAGAAUUCAAGCUGAAGAAAAUGUGGAAGAGUCCUAAUGGAACUAUUCGUAAUAUUCUGGGUGGUACAGUCUUUAGGGAAGCUAUCAUCUGCAAGAACAUUCCGCGUCUUGUGACUGGCUGGGAGAAGCCCAUUAUUAUCGGACGUCAUGCGCAUGCCGAUCAAUAUAAAGCUACUGACUUUGUAGUACCUGGCGCGGGAACCCUGGAGCUCAUUUGGACACCACCCAAUGGAGAACCCAUCAAGCACGUCGUUAACGAAUUCAAAGGUGCUGGUGUUGCCCUUGGAAUGUUCAACACGGACGCCUCUAUCAUUGAUUUCGCCCACUCGUCAUUCAAAUACGCCCUGGGUAGGAAGUACCCUCUUUACCUGAGCACCAAAAACACAAUUCUUAAAAAGUACGAUGGUCGCUUCAAGGACAUCUUCCAAGAAAUUUAUGAGAAGGAAUACAAAUCUCAGUUCGAAGCCGCGGGUAUCUGGUAUGAGCACAGGUUAAUUGAUGAUAUGGUUGCUUACUCCAUGAAAUCUGAGGGUGGAUUUGUGUGGGCUUGCAAGAACUACGACGGAGAUGUGCAGUCAGAUUCCGUUGCCCAAGGUUACGGAUCUCUCGGUCUCAUGACAUCUGUCCUGAUUUGCCCCGAUGGAAAGACUGUAGAAGCUGAAGCCGCUCACGGUACAGUAACUAGGCAUUUCAGAUUUUACCAACAAGGAAAGGAGACAUCCACCAAUCCGAUUGCUUCAAUCUUUGCAUGGACCAGGGGUCUUUUGCACCGCGCUCAUUUAGAUAACAACGCUGAACUCAAGAACUUUGCGGAAACUUUAGAGAAGGUCUGCAUUGACACGAUAGAAUCUGGAAUCAUGACUAAAGACCUUGCUAUUUGUAUUAAGGGCAUGAACAACGUGAAGAGGGCAGACUACUACGAAACUUUCGAGUUUAUGGAUAAGCUAGCUGAGAACCUCAAGAAGAGCUUGGGUAAAUGACUACCUACACAGAAGAAACUGUGUAGCCUGUGAACAAUUUUUACCAAUCUAUUUUUACGUAUUAAAUUAUAAUCAUGUCACAAGGGAAUAAGGGUUCUAUAGGUAAACCUUAUUUAUAACAAAUAAUUUGUAUUAUUGUAAUAAAUGCUAUUUAAUAUAUUCUAA